AUGGAGAUAGGCAAUCCACUUUUGGACUUCAACCCUGAUCUCAACUCAAAAGUGGAGUACUUGUCGUCGCAUGUGUUAAUAUCCGAUGCGACCUUUGAAAUUGCCACUUCAGUCUGCAACUAUUCUCAAAUUUAUAGACAGAGUGUAAUUCAAAAUGCUCCGCUUAGCCCUGAUUCUACUACAGUAAAUAACCAAGUUCAUACAGAAGUCAGUAAAUUUAUCAACAAUUAUGAUGUUUCUCUUAACGUCUGUUUAUCAUCCGUUGUUGCUCAAUCUCAGAUGCUGAAUCAACUGGUACAUCCGCGGCAAAACACAGAGAAGCUGGAUGUCUGCAUUGAAGAUGAAACAUAUACAUACUUCAACCGACCAGACGUCCAAGAUGCACUUCAUGCUCGGCUAAUUGGAGUCGAAAACUGGACAAUGUGUAGCAACCGAAAUGUUAUCAAGUACGAAAUGCAAAAUCUAGAAACACCAAUGCUUCCUCUUUUAGGUGCACUUGUAAACUCUAGAAUCCGGAUUUUGGUUUAA